UGUACGGCUGAGAGAGAAAAAGUCUCUUUAGAGGUGUCCUACAACAGAAAGAUUGCAUGCACCUAAUAGCAGUAGGUGUCCAAACGGGUUGCGGAUUUUCGAGUACCAGAUUCCCAGAGAGUUGCGGAUUUCCGAGUAGCAGAUUCCCAACAAGUUACGAACUAUAUUCGUCGGGAACGGCGUAAUCGUCGCCGAUUUGGACCGCGGUCGUGGAAGAACCCGCCCACCCUCAAUCUCCGCCGUCCGAUCGCCUUCCGAUGGACCGUUGGAUCGGCCUCCUCAAUGUCUCCCUCACCGGUGGCGGCGGCGGCGGCGGCGGCGGCUGCGGCGGCGGCGGGCCCCUCUUCAGAGUCGCCGCCUCCCUCCUCCUCUCCCCUUCCUCCAAAACCCUAGCCGUUCCCUCCGUGAACGCGAUCCUCUUCAAUGGGGAUCGCGUCGAGGGCACGGGCGAUCCGGUGAUCGAGAAGCUCUCCGAUCCGAGGAACGUCGCCGAGAUACUCGUCUCCAAGCUCGGUGGCGCCGCCAACGCCUGGGUGGUGGACGCUUCCACCUUCGCAGGGUCUUUCGCCGUAUACAAGGAGCUUGUGCCCACGGUGAACUCUCGGGGUGAUCCGAGGCGAUACCGUCCGAAUAGGUUACCUGCGUCCUCUUCGAUCGUUUCCAUCUUAACGAAGUGCGUCGAUCAGAUCCAAAGUAUGGUUUCUGGCGAGAGAAUUCCUUCACCUCAGUUGCAAACCACUUCGCCGAGGACGAUCAUCUUAGGUUUCAGCAAGGGUGGGGUUGUCGUCAACCAACUGUUAACCGAACUUCCCUUUGCGGCAUCUGAAUCUCCUCGAAGCUCCAAUAACAGUGCGUCAUCCAGUACUCCACGUGAAACCAAAUAUCACAUUGUCCCUGCUACUAAAGAAAGGCUUUUAUUCAGCAUCGCCGAAUUCCAUUAUGUGGAUGUCGGCCUAAACUGCGCCGGAGCAUACUUAACUGAUCGAGUUGUGAUCAAGAAAAUAGCUGAUCACUUGCUGCUUAGGAAUGCGAGUAUUCGUUUCGGGCUUCAUGGCACUCCUAGACAAUGGUGUGACGAUUAUCGCCCAUGGAUUCGCAAGGAGAAGGACACAUUGAAGCAGCUACUUGAAGAUGAAGCUCGCAGGUGCGGAGGAAAACUACAGGUAUUGGAGAGAGUAUAUCUUUCUAAUAAGCCCCCUAGUUUGCAAAUGCAUUUUGAAAUAAUUGAACUCAUGGAUAUAAGCUGAUGUUCGUCAGAUAUGUACAUUCCUAUGGUUUGCCUGUAUAUUUAUAUGUUCCUACAGCUAAUACUACAGUACAAGUCAGAGUGAAUGUUUGCAGAUCUCCUUUAUCUCUC